UGUGUAAAUUAUCGAAUUGAUGAUGCCUGUAAACUGGCGUCCCUCAUGUAAAAAAUGAGAAUAUAUAUUAUUAUUAUAGUGUUCUACUGAAUCUUGCUCCAAUAUUCACAAAACCUAUUCUUUUUACUCUUUAAGCUUUUAAUUUCUAAUAAAGUAAUCUGUUCAUUAGGACGCAUGCACACAUAUAUAAUAUGUUCAUAAUGAUGUACGUGGAGACCUAUUGGGAGCACUCAUUAAGAAAGCUAGGGAAAUGGAAUAUGAGGUACGAACUUAUCUGGUACCAAGCAAUAUACUUGCGGUAGCCAUAAUAAUCAUAGUCUCAGAGCCUAACAUCAAAAAGGAGGGAGGGUGGCGCUAGCUGAUCAGUAGAUAUGGUGGUGGUCACUAAGGUGAAUCACCCCAUUCUGCAGGAACAGCAAUAUGCAAUUUGACGGCUAGAGAUUUUCCCGAUUUUUAUGAGGACUUAGAUCUUUGUCUUGAAAAAGAUAAUAAUGAACGCCCAGACAGAUCAAGCCUCUGCCUUUAAAUAUAUGUCAUUCACUCAGCCUAUUGUUGAGACGCGACCACGUGGGCUCUGCACAGAUUUAUGGAGCAUCUUAUAAAUUAACUUGCUAUCCAUUUUCGGAUCUUUAAAAACCACUUCACAAUGUCUUAUCUCAUUCAUUUUCUAAUAACGUCUUUACUUGGUCCUCAUUAUAUACCUGAAUCAUGGAAAAAUAUCAAGAUCGUUCCAGUGCCUAAAUCAACAAGUGGACCUAAUGUUAAGUUUAGACCCAUUGCUAUUACUUCACCUUUUUUGAAAGUUAUGGAAAGACUUAUUUUACUUAAUCUUGAACCCUCUUUAAAGCCUUUCAACGACCCCAACCAGUUUGCUUAUAAACAUAGUAGGUGUACGUUAGAUGCCGCUUUUGUCCUUCACCAUAGCAUAGUCUCUAGUUUAGAUAGAGGAGAUAAAUACGUUCGGUGUGCCUUCUUUGAUUACAGGUCUGCAUUUGACUCUGUUUCCAGGUCUCUCUUGCUAAGUGGGCUUGCUGCAACGCAGGCUGAGAGCUGGACAAAUAAGUGGUUGCAUUCCUAUUUUUCUGAUAGGAAGCAGUACACCGUCUACAAUGGAAAGUCCUCCACUACCUCACUUACUUUAGCUGGUGUUCCUCAAGGGACUGUUCUUUCUCCCUUUCUGUUUUUGUUUUUCUUACAUGACUUGCCUCAUUCUGAUGUGGCCACUUUUGUUAAGUAUGCCGAUGACCUCUCGGUUUCUAUGCCUGUCAACUCUCAGUCGGAUUGUUCCAAAUUAAAUAUCUUUCUGUCGGAAAUUAGUCAGUGGUCCUCUUCAAACGGUCUUAAGCUUAAUCCGUCUAAAUGUCAGGUAGUCAAUUUCACUUUCAGACGUAAAUCUGACCUACAGCAACUGGUUAGCUCACAUGGCCCCACUAUCAUUGACGGCAUAGAGGUUGAAAAUACAUCUAAUGUCAAGUACCUAGGGCUGAGUUUUUCCACCGAUCUUUCCUGGUCCCCCACCAUCUUGCUAGUUACUAGAAAGAUGUUUAGCUUAACCUUCUACCUUAGGAAGUUAAGGCAGUCUGGCAUAAAGCAGUCUUUGCUUUCUCAGUUUGUCAAUUCUUGUAUUCUACCCAUCCCCCUUUACUUCUCCCCAUUAAUCUUUCCUGGACUAUUUAAGAAAGACUUUCCUUCGCUGAGAAGGGCACUAAAAGCUGUUAGUAGGGCAAGUGGGAUAUCGUUAAACCAACUGGUUAACACUAUUGUAGAUAGACAUAUUGCGUCAUGUAAGAAACUAGCGAAUACAAUAUUGUCGGACCCCGAGAAUCCUCUCUAUACGCAUCUAUCUCCUUGUAUUUCAUCUGGUAGAACUAGAAGUAGCUAUAGGCGGGUAUAUGCUAGGACUACCAAAUACAAAAACUCCACAAUACCAUAUCUGGCACAGCUGUUAUGUGAUGAGAAAUCCGUUAGGUAUGGCAUGAUAAACUUACUGUGGCACUCUAACAAAUAGUCCCAUUAGUUUUUGUUUUCCUUUCUUCGUUACUAUUGCAUUGCUGUUCUCAUCUUCUAUCACACAUCAAAUUUAUAUUUCAUAUCCUGUGGUGCAUUGUUUGAAAUGUAAACUCUACGCUGUUUUUUUGUUUUUAUUUAUUUUUUUAUUUAUCUUUUAUUUGUUUUUUGGCGUUGGUUUUUAUUUAUUUAUUUUUUGAUUUUAAAAAUCUUAUAUAAUUUAUGCGGUAAUUAAAUGCAAUAUACUGUAAUGCACGCUGAAAAUUACAUACCUCUACCACAAAUACCGUUUGGAAUAAAGCUGUUAUUUAUUAUUAAAUUGUCUCAUCGUUUGUCUCUGAAGAAAAGAAGAAGUGAAUUCUUUGGUUUUCUUCUUACCAUCCAGUGCUCUCCAAUGAGUGGACUAACUGUCCUAUUUCCAGUUGUACCUACCAGUUCUUUUACUCCAUUGGAGCAAGAUUUAUAGAUUGUUCAUUGAGUGUUUUGCCUGAAAGAUUCAAGCAAAAUUAUGCUAAGUGACUGCAAACAGGCCACAGUGGGUUAAUACGGAGUAUAUUUUCAACACUGGUCACCCAUUGUUUAAAGACAUCUCGUUCAAAGUCAUUUAUUAGGUUAAAAAAUGCCUACUGGAAAAAGCAGUUUCCGUGUUCUUCUCGCUGCCGUUUGUAUCUAAGACUGUAAUUUGUACACACGCUCACUAGUAUUGCUUUUUCAACUAACCUUUUAUUGAAUUGGUGGAUGGUGACUAGCAGUAGAAUCCAUGAUGCGCAUUUCACCCUGUUUGGGACUCGUCAUCUGGAUGUACCUGCAUUCCGCAGUGAGUGAUGUUGUUCCCACUGAGGCUUAAACCCCAGGGUCCGACAUGUCAACUUGAGACCGAACACUUUGGUCCAAUCAAUCGAUGGGAAAAUUUAAAAUUGAAUUAAUCCUUUUAUUUACUAUUCAUAAAUGUUUUGAUGGUCUGAACGAUGUUGAAAACUGUUUUGACUGAUUGAAGAUAUUACUGUAUAGCACUGUCAGAUUUUCUCAAAAUAAAAUUGCCUCCAUAACAGAAUUAUACCCUAUCACAGCGCCCAAGUUCUAUUCUUAUACGACUGAAGAUGCACAUUAAAAAGCUGGUUAAUGAACAAAGAAUAUUCUUUCCGUUAAAUUCGUCUCCAGGUUCUACAUUUAUAUGACCACAAUGAUUAAGGAGUUAUUGAUAUUAACAACAUUAAUGUUUCAAAUUACAUAGAAUCAAUAAUAUCGAUUGAUUAAAUUUCAAAAGCAUCAGUAGGUGGUAAUAUACAUCAAUGUAACACAACGCUGAGUUUAAGGUAAACUAAA